CUCUCCCUCUAUCCUGUCUUCCUCUUCCUCUUCCUCACAGUCCUACUCUUCCUUCCCACUCUUGUUUUUUUGUUACUCUACAUCUUCUCUCCUGCUCGACUUUCAAGAGACACAACAUCCAACCAUGGAUUGGCUUGCGAUCAAGACCGGUGCGCUCCUCAACACAUCCGCCGCUGUCCUCGAUAAUGUCAUCCAGUCUGGAUCGAACUUCGAGUCCUCGCUCUCGCCUGCUGCGAUGCGUGUCGUCAAAGGAGUUAUGGGAAAUGAUGUCCUCUCUGCUGGUUUCCUCCUGAUGAUUGUCGGCAGUUUCUAUACUUUCUUCAAGGACCUGAUUGUUCAGUAUUACUACCAGGUUCAGUCCUGGUUCUAUGUUUCCGUCGAAGUUCAGGAGGGCGAUGACUGCUACAAAUGGUUGUCUGAAUGGGUCGCCGAGCGCCCUCUUACCAAGUCUGUCCGUCAUUUGACGGUCAAGGCUGUCUGGGACGAUGACCAGGAAGAUCAAGGCUAUUACCGCAGCAACGACACUCGCCAGAACGAGCGCCCUCGGCUUCUGUUCUUGCCUGGCAUGGGUUCACACGUUCUUUACCACAAGGGCCACAAAGUCAACGUGUCGCGAGAGCGUCCUGAAAACGCCGCUGGCGCCAACGCGGAACAGUCUCAGAUCUUGGCGUCGAUUCAAAAGAAGCAAUGUCUCACCAUUUCGACUUUUGGCUGGGAUAUGAAGAUGCUUAAGAUGAUUCUUCAGGAUGCUAUGGAUGAGUCCUACAAGAAGAAGGAGGGCAAGACCACCAUCUACACCUCUCAGCCCUACGAUAGUUACUGGUCCGGCUCAUCUACUCGCGCCCCUCGUGCUUUCCACUCUGUCAUUCUUGCUGAGGGUCUCAAGGAGGAGCUUUUAAAUGAUAUCACCACCUUCCGCAGCUCUGCUCAGUGGUACCAUGACCGUGGAGUUCCAUACCGUCGCGGUUAUCUUCUUCACGGACCUCCUGGAACUGGAAAGACUUCAUUUAUUGUCGCUUUGGCUGGACAUUUGCGCAUGUCUGUUUGCAUUGUCAACUUGGGUAUCUCUGGUCUGAAUGACCAGCAGCUGGAUCAGCUCUUGAACAACGCCCCUCGCAACAGCAUCUUACUCAUGGAGGAUGUGGAUGCAGCUCUGAUCAAGCGCAAGGCAGGACAAGCCCAGGCGGGAUCCAACAAUGUUACUCUCUCUGGAAUCUUGAACGCUCUCGAUGGAAUCACUGCACAGGAGGGUAGCGUCGUUUUUAUGACCACUAACCAUAUCCGAAAGCUGGCCCCUGCAUUGAUUCGUCCAGGGCGCUGCGACCGCAAGAUGCUUUUUGAUUAUGCAGACAAGCACCAGAUUCGCGGUAUGUUCCUCAAGUUCUUCUUGAGCCGUUCUUCGACUGGCCAGGCCAACAACGAGCCUGUACCCAAGCUCCCCUUCAAGGCAUUCAAGGACGCUUCAUUGACAGGAGCGACAGCAGUAGAAAACGAUCCCAAGGAGCAGGCACGCAAGGAUGCUUUUGACGCCAUGAUCAAUGACCUUGCGGACAAAAUCUGCGAAAGGAUCACCUACCAGGAUUCUGUCACCACCGCUCAAUUGCAGGGAUUCUUCAUGAUUCAUCGUGAGCACCCCGAGACAAUUUUGGACAUGAUUCCUGCCUUCUUGGAGGAACUGAAGAAGGAGCGCGCGCUCUUGUCGGACAAGAAGGAGAAGCGCCGUGAGCGCCGCGCCAAGAAGAAGGCCAAGAAGGAGGCCAAGGAGAAGAAGGCCAAGGAGGACAAGCUGGCAGCAGGCGAGUCCGUCGAGAGCAGCGAUGAUGAGGAUGAGGAUGAGGAUGAUGAUUCUGGAUCGGAGUCGUUCUCGGACUCGGAUUACUAUGAGGAGAUCAAAGGUGGAAGUAGCUCAAUUACGGGCUCGAAGGCCAACAGCACUGCCGACUUGGGUGAAAAGCCUGUUGAGAAAGAGGCACUCGAUGCCACCACAGCUGCUUAAGUGGAUCAAUAUAGAGCAGCACAUGUACAAUAACAAUAAAUAUAUCUCUUUAAAAU